AUGGAUACGCCCCGAGCAGCCAAGGCACAGUGUCCCUGGCGUCCAUGCCUCACAGGCCUGCUGCUGCAGCUGCUGUUGGCUCUCUGCUUCUUCUCCUACCUCCGAGUGUCCUACGACCAACCCGGCCCCACAGCUCCUGAUAGCUCCCCAGAACCAGCCUCCAGCCCAGCUACCCCUGUCCCCAGGCCCCUCGUCAUCUUGCUGUGGACAUGGCCCUUCCACAGUCCAGUGGCUCUGUCCCCCUGUUCCAAGAUGCUCCCAGGCACGGCCGACUGCCAGCUGACCGCCGACCGGAGCCUGUACCCCCAAGCAGAUGCGGUCAUCAUCCACCACCGCGAAGUCAGCGCCAACCCCAGCUCACAGCUGCCACCUCAGCCAAGGCCGCCAGGCCAGCGCUGGGUGUGGUUCAGCAUGGAGUCGCCCAGCCACUGUAGCCGGCUGUCAGACCUGAGUGGACACUUCAACCUCACCAUGUCCUAUCGCGCUGACUCUGACAUCUUCACGCCCUAUGGCUGGCUGGAGCCAUGGCCAGAGGCUCCAGUCCAAACCCAGGUCAACCUGUCUGCCAAGACUGACCUGGUGGCCUGGGCUGUGUCCAACUGGAACUCCAAGUCGGCUCGGGUGCUGUACUACCUGAACCUUCGGAGUCACCUCCGUGUGGACGUGUACGGCCGAGGGCACAGGCCGCUUCCCCAAGGGGACAUGAUGGAGACACUGGCCAGGUACAAGUUUUACCUGGCGUUCGAGAACUCCCUCCACCCAGAUUACAUCACAGAGAAGCUCUGGAGGAAUGCUCUGGAAGCCUGGGCUGUGCCUGUGGUCCUGGGGCCCAGCAGGCAGAACUAUGAACGCUUCCUGCCCCCUGACGCCUUCAUCCACGUGGAUGAUUUUAAGAGCCCCAAGGACCUGGCUCAGUACCUGCAGGAGCUAGACAGGGAUAGCCUGAGCUACCAGCGCUACUUCCGCUGGAGGGAGAGGCUCAGGCCUCGCUCGGGGAGCAUGUCCCUUGCCUUCUGCAAGGCAUGCAGGCAGCUGCAAUGGGACCAGAGGUACCAGACGGUCCCCAGUGUGGCCUCUUGGUUCCAGUGA